AUGUUAUCUCAAUCGAAUUUUGAACAAGUAACAAAUGCAUCAAGUGAGAACAUGUAUCAUGUGACUAACACACCGCAGCAAGAAAAUUUAACACCAAGCUAUCAGUCAUCUCAAACCAAUUCUUUUGGAAAUCCUCAAUAUCAUGUUAGUUGUGAAAAAAUCUCUAAUGAGCUUAUUAUAAAGUUAUUAAAUUUGCUUAAGGAAAAUAGAAUGCAAUUAAAACAAAAUGAAUAUGUUUUCUUUUAUCAACAGCAAUGUAAUGAUCAAAUCUAUCAAGUAUCUUGUGAAAUGGUUUCCCCUUCUCUUAUUAAUAAUUACUUAAAUAAAAAUAUUCAUGGCAUUGAAAUUGAAAAUAUGGGACAAGAACA